AUGGAGGAAAGCUCAUACUCAGAUGUCUUGCAGCUGCGCAGAGGGCGGCGGCCGUGCUGCAGGCGCGGGACGCAGGUUGUGCUGUUGGGGCUGGUGACGGCCACGCUGUGGGCCGGGCUGCUGACCCUGCUUCUCCUGUGGCACCGGGACACCGUGCAGGGCCUGAGACAGCUGGAGGACAUCGCUGCCCGGAACGUCUCUCAGGUUUCCAAGGACGUGGAAAGACAUAAGGGUGACCAGAUGGCCCAGCAGUCCCAGGCCCAGGGGCCUGUGUGGGGAAUGCGUGGCCCUGACAGACUUGCUCACCACUGAGCCUCUGCCCUGCAACCAGUGGCCCAGGCGCUGCAGAGCAUGGAGGAAAUCCAAGCAGAACAGAAGAGAAUGGAAAUUCAGGACUCUGAGCUCUCUCGGAACCUGGAUGGACUGCUAGAGGACCUGAGCAACUUCAAGUCCCAGGGCUUAAAUGAGAGACGCACGGCCUUGGAUUCAUUGGAAAGACUCCAGGAGGAGGUGGCAAAGCUGUGGAUAGAGCUUCGAGUGUCCAACGGCUCCGUGUGCAACACGUGCCCUGAGCAGUGGGUCAGUUUCCAGCGGAAGUGCUACUACUUCGGGGAGGGCGCCAAGCGGUGGUUCCAGGCGCGGCAGGCCUGCCGCCGGCUCCGGGGGAGGCUGGUCAGCAUCCACAGCCAGGAGGAGCAGGACUUCCUGGCCAAACACAGCAACAAGAAGGGCUCCUGGAUUGGCCUCCGGGACCUGGACAGGGAGGGAGAAUUUGUCUGGAUGGACCAGCGCCCCCUGGACUAUAGCAACUGGCGGCCCGGGGAGCCCAACAACGGGGCCCAGGGCGAGGACUGCGUGAUGCUGCUGGGCUCCGGGCAGUGGAACGACGCCUUCUGCGGCAGCUACCUCGACGGCUGGGUGUGUGACCAGCUGGCCACCUGCUGA